AUGGCAUUAAUUAUAUUUGCAAGUCUCUUUGUAAUCGUCAUUAUUCUGCUUUAUAUCUAUUUGAAACGAAGCUACUCUCCAUCACCAGAUGAUCUACCAGGAGUGAAACCACAUAUUUUUUUUGGUAAUCUAAUUAAUUCCGGUAUAUUGACCGCCGAAUCAACGUUUCAUGAAAUGAUGCUCGAUUAUCAACGUCGUUUCGGUGACAAAUUUCAAUUUUGGUUCGGUUCACAUCGAUGUUUUAUUUUCUGUCGAAUAGACCAUGCUCAAACGAUAUUUGCUAAUCGUCAUAGUUUUGAACAAUCACCAUUUAUUCUUCCAAACUUUGACCUUUUUUGUCCAAACGGCAUUACAAUAUUGACAGGUGCUAGAUGGAAACGACAUGUACGAGUUUUAUCACCGAUGUUCAAGCGAAGAAAUAUUAUCGGUCAUUUGGAUACAAUUGUUGAAUGUGCUGAUCGUUUUAUUGAUCGAAACCUUGAUCCUGGUCAAAUUCAUCGAGAUUUGGUCUCACGCUGUCAAUCACUUACCAUGAAUAUCAUCGGACUCAUAGGAUUCGACCAAGAUUUCGAUGUUCAGGUUAACUUACACAUAAAAAAAGCUUUUCAAGAUUUUAUGCUUCAUGUCGUCUUGCUUAUGACCACACCUUGUGUUCCUCGAUGGUUAGCUAAAAUCUAUUUGAAAUGUAAUUGGAAAUAUCAACGAGCUUACCGAUUGAUUCUUGAAUUGGCAGAAAAGCUCGUUGAAGAAGAACAAAAUAAACAAAGUGAAAAGGAAAAUGGACGACCAAAGAAUCUGGUUGCUUCGUUGGUUUCAUCAUUGAAUGAACAAGCCAACGAUGAACAAGUGCCAUCCGGUAUAAGACGUGCGGAGAUGUUUGAUGAAAUUUUGACGAUGAUCGUAACUGGUUAUGAAACAACAUCAACGGUUCUAUCGUGGUUCAUAUUCUUUGCAAGUAAAAAUCCUCAAGUGCAACAACGAAUGAAAGAGGAAUUGCGCGAACAUCAUCUUCUGAUGACUGACGAUCUCACAUGUGUACCACCGCUUACGCCAGACAAUUUGGCUUCACUAACCUAUUGUGAAUGUGUGACAAAAGAGAUCUUACGCUUAGCUCCUGUCGGUGAUUUGACAACCCGUGCAGCUACUCGUGACACCAUUAUUGACAAUGUCAAGAUUUAUAAUGGUCAAAUUAUUUUUUAUUGCUUUACAUAA